AUGGAGCCUCUGUUCCUGGCCUCCACGCCCAGCUGGAACGCCUCUGCCCCCUCGUCGGCGGCCGACCCCGGCAGCCACAACGGGACGCUGGGGGGGCUGGCGCCCUCGGUGGGGGCACGCGCAGUGCUAGUGCCCGUGCUGUACCUGCUGGUGUGCGCCGUGGGGCUGGGUGGCAACACGCUGGUCAUCUACGUGGUCCUCCGGCACGCCAAGAUGGUGACGGUCACCAACGUGUACAUCCUGAACCUGGCCGUGGCCGACGUGCUCCUGGUGCUGGGGCUGCCCUUCCUGGCCACACAGAACGCCAUCUCCUACUGGCCCUUCGGGCCCGUGCUGUGCCGCCUGGUCAUGACGCUGGACGGCGUCAACCAGUUCACCAGCGUCUUCUGCCUGACCGUCAUGAGCAUGGACCGCUACCUGGCCGUGGUGCACCCGCUGCGCGCGGCCCGCUGGCGCCGCCCACGGGUGGCCAAGCUGGCCAGCGCCGCCAUCUGGGCCUUGGCAGUGCUCAUGUCGCUGCCGCUGCUGGCCUUUGCCGAAGUGCAGGAGGGCUGGGGCACCUGCAACGUGAGCUGGCCCGAGCCCGUGCGGCUCUGGGGCGCCGUCUUCAUCACCUACACCUCCGUGCUGGGCUUCUUUGGGCCACUGCUCGUCAUCUCGCUGUGCUACCUGCUCAUCGUGGUCAGAGUGAAGGCGGCCGGCGUGCGGGCGGGCUGUCCCCGGCGCCGGCGCUCUGAGCGCCGGGUGACGCGCAUGGUGGUGGUGGUGGUGCUCGUGUUUGUGGGCUGCUGGCUACCCUUCUUCCUGCUCAACAUCGUCAACCUGGCCUUCCCACUGCCCGAGGAGCCCGCCUCCGCCGGCCUCUACGUCUGCGUAGUCGUGCUGUCGUACGCCAACAGCUGUGCCAACCCCGUGCUCUACGGCUUCCUCUCCGACAAUUUUCGACGCAGCUUCCGGAAGGUUCUCUGCCUGCGCAAGGGCCACGGCCCCGAGGACGCCGACCCUGGGGAACUGCGGCCACCAGAGCCCGCACUGCCUGUGCCCAGCCCUGAGGCUGGCAGGCCCGUGCAGACCAGCAAGCUGUGA